AGCCGGAGGGACGUGGGAGAAGGCCGGGACGGAGAGGUUAAAGGUCAAAGGGGAAGGGGCAUUUAACGUGGCCGGGGAAGAUGCCCCCGCAGCAGUGGGAGUUCCACCUGCCCCUGGCCCCCGAGGAGCUGCUGAAGAGCGGCGGGGUGAAUCAGUACGUGGUGCAGGAGGUGCUGACGGUCAGCCAGCUCCGGCCACAGCUCACCGCAUUCCAGGGAGCCUUCCGCGUCCAGGGCCCUCUCGCCGUUCUGGAGCACUUUGACACCUUCUACAGUGUCCUGCAUCACUUUCGCAGUGCAGACCCCCGCCUCCCAGAAGAUGCUCUGGAACUGCUGAUGAAAGUGGUGUCGCGGCACUCCCAGGAGCUCCCGGCGGUCCUGGACGCGGCGGCUCUGAGCCCGGCCGACCGCAGCGCACACCUCAACACCCUCAAGAUGAGCUGCUACGCCCUGACCCGCCUCCUGGAAUCCUUCGAGGCCACUGCCACCGCUGGCAAGACCAGUCUCGUGGGCCUAGAGCCCGGCGGCAAGGGCCGGAAGGGCUGCUCUAAGGCCUGUGGCUUUGACUGGGAGGAAGAACGGCCGCGGGUUCUCCAGGUGCUAACGCAGCUGCUCCAGCUGGACGUUCGCCGCCUGUGGCCCCAUGCGCUGGUGGAGGAGGAGUUUGUCAGCCUGGUGACCGGCUGCUGCUACCGCCUGCUGGAAAACCCGACAGUCAGCCACCAGAAGAACCGAGCCACCCGGGAGGGCAUCACCCACCUGCUCGGGGUCGCUCUGACCCGCUACAAUCACAUGCUCAGUGCUACCCUCAAGAUCACCCAGAUGCUGCAGCAUUUCGAACACGUCGCGCCAGUGCUGGUGGGCGCCGUCAGCUGCUGGGCAACUGACUACGGCAUGAAGACCAUCGUGGGCGAGAUCGUGAGGGAGAUCGGGCAGAAAUGCCCCCAGGAGCUGGGUCGGGACACCGCGGGGGCCAAGGGCUAUGCGGCCUUCUUGACGGAGCUGGCGGAAAGAGUCCCGGCCGUCCUGAUGACCAGCAUGAGCAUCCUGCUCGACCACCUGGACGGCGAGAGCUACCUGAUGCGCAACGCGGUUCUGGCGGCCAUGGCCGAGCUGCUGCUGCAGCUGCUGAACGGCGACCAGCUGGACCAGCGCGCCCGGGACACGCGGGACCAGUUCCUGGACACCCUGCAGCUCCACGGCCACGACAUCCACUCGUUCGUGCGCAGCCGCGUCCUGCAGCUCUUCACCCGCAUCGUCCAGCAGAAGGCCCUCCCCCUGACGCGGUUCCAGGCGGUGGUGGCCCUGGCCGUGGGGCGGCUGCAGGACAAGUCCGUGCUGGUCUGUAAGAACUCCAUCCAGCUGCUGGCCGCCUUCCUCGCCAACAACCCCUUCACCUGCAAGUUGAGUUGUGCCGACCUGGCCGGGCCCCUGGAGAAGGAGACCCGGAAGCUGCAGGAGCUGAAGGCCCGACACAACCCUCCGGUGGCCGGGCCGGAGCUGGCCCCCGAGGAGGAGUGGGCGGCCAUGCUUCCCGAGCUGCAGCUCACCCUGCGCCGUCUCCUGGCGUCCCCCCCGGGGGACGAAGAGCCGCCCCCCCCCGCCAUUGACCGCGCGGACACGGCCGAGCAGACGGCAGCGCGUGUCCGCCAGCUCCUGGCCAAGGCCAGCUACGAGCCGGCCAUCCUCCUGGCCCGGGCCGCCACGGGCCACUUCCAGGGAGAGUCACCCUUCGCCUGCAGCGACCUCGACGGGCCCGAGGACGUCCAGCUACUGAGCCUCCUCCGUUGGCUCUUCAACGCCGGCGGCCCCCCGCCUCCCCAGCCGGGUGAGCAGCCCACGGCGGGGGAGCCGGGGUGCUGGGGGAUGGGGCGGGGGGUGCCCCCGAGGUGCCUCUGAGACUUACCGACCCCCACAGGGCCCGGCGGCGGGGAAGACCCCCGGACGCCCCCCGAGGCUGAGGCCGGGCGGGAAGAGCUGGUGAAGCAGGAGAUGCUGGUGCAGUACCUGCAGGACGCCUCCAGCUUCUCCCUGCAGGUCACCGAGGCCGUCGGCGCCAUCAGCAAGAUGAUGUACGAGCACACGAGCACGGUGGUGCAGGAGGCCAUCGAGUUCUUCGUGACGGUGUCGAAGUUCGGGGUGCCCCAGGCGCUGGUGGGCGUCCGGCGCAUGCUGCCCCUCAUCUGGUCCAAGGAGCCCGGCAUCCGCGAGGCUGUGCUGGACGCCUACCGCCAGCUGUACCUGCCCCCCGGCAGGGACCCCGCCAGAGCCAAGGCCCAGACCCUGGUGCAGAACCUGUCCCUGCUCCUGCUGGAGGCUUCCGCCGCCACCGGCCAGUGCCUCGGUGAAAUCCUGCGGGAGUUUGUGCGGAACGGGGAGCUGGCGCCGGCGGUGACCCAGCUGCUGUGGGAGGUGGUCACGGAGAAGGUGCCCCGCUCGCCCCUGGAGCGCCGUACCGCCGUCAGGCUGCUGGGCAUGAUGGCCCGGGGGAACCCCGAGAUCGUGGGCGGCAACUUGGACACGCUCGUGAACGUAGGGCUGGCGGAGAAGACCCCCGCGGAUUACCGGCUGGCCAGGGAGGUGUGCCUCGCUAUCGCUGCCAUCGCUGACGGAGGCAAGCCCACGACGGGCAGGAGCGCUCCCCCGUUCCGCCUACCCCAGGACCACCAACUGUUUGAGCGACUGCAGGAGGUGGUGGUAGCAGGCUUCGCCUGUCCCGACGCCCUCUGGAUCCCCUUCACAGAGGUGGCAGUGGCCCUGGUGUACCAGCUGGCAGAGGGUCCCGAGGUCAUCUGCGCCCAGAUCCUUCAGCGCUGUGGGCAGCGGGCCAUGGAGAUGCUGCAGGAGCCCCUCGCCCCCAAGGAGGGCUGUGAGGAAGCCCCGAGGCUGCCCAGCUUUGUCCUGAGCCAUCUGGUGUCACUGGCGGGCGACGUGGCACUGCAGCAGCUGGUGCACCUGGAGCGGGCAGUGAGCGCGGAGCUGCGCCGCCGACGGGUGCUGCGAGAGGAGCAGGACGACAAGACCAAAAAGGCCGCGGGGAAGGCGAACCUCACCGGCGAGACCACCAUGGAAGAAGAGCUGGGGCUGGUGGGCGCUUCGGCCGACGACACGGAGGCAGAGCUGAUCCGGAGCAUCUGCGAGGCGGAACUCCUGGAGGACAAGCAGCUGCUCUCGGCCUUCGUCCCGCUUCUGCUCAAGGUGUGUAACAACCCCGGCCUCUACAGCGACCCGGCUCUCUCCACCGCCGCCUCGCUGGCCCUGGGCAAGUUCUGCAUGAUCAGCUCGUCCUUCUGCGACUCCCAGCUCCGCCUCCUGUUCACCCUGCUGGAGAAGUCCCCCCUGCCCGUGGUCCGCUCCAACCUCAUGGUGGCCGUCGGGGACCUGGCCAUCCGCUUCCCCAACCUGGUGGAGCCCUGGACCCCGCACCUCUACGCCCGGCUGCGGGACCCGGCGGCGGCCGUGCGGAGGACGGCGGGCAGGGUCAUGACGCACCUGAUCCUGAAGGACCUGGUGAAGGUCAAGGGGCAGGUGAGCGAGAUGGCCGUGCUGCUCGUCGACGAGGACCCCGAGAUCGCCGCCCUGGCCAAGAACUUCUUCAACGAGCUGGCCAGCAAGGGAAACGCCGUGUACAACCUGCUGCCAGACAUCAUCAGCCGCCUGUCGGACCCCCAGGGCGGGGUGGAGGAGCAGCCCUUCCGCACCAUCAUGAGACAGCUCCUGUCGUACAUCACCAAGGACAAGCAGACGGAGAGUCUGGUGGAGAAGCUGUGCCAGAGGUUCCGCACGGCCCGGACGGAGCGGCAGCACCGGGAUCUGGCCCACUGCCUGGCGCUGCUGCCCCUGUCAGAGCGCGGCCUCCGCAAGAUGCAGGACAACUUCGACUGCUUCGCGGACAAGCUGACGGACGAGGCCAUCUUCAGCGCCUUCUCGCAGGCCGUGAGCAAGCUACGGCGCUGGGCCAAGCCCGAGGGCAAGGUGCUGAUUGACGAGUUUGAGCAGAAGCUUCGCGCCGGCCAUAACCGCGGGCUGGACGCAGCUGAAGAGCCCAGCGCCGAGCAGGGCCCUGAGGGGGCCCAGCGGCCCAGCGGGAGACCCUCCACGGCUUGUCGCCCACCCCGCUCGACCGCCAGCAACCAGAACCUGGCCACCCCCAAAGGCCGGGGCACUGCCCAACGAGGGCCGCGGACCCAGAAGCCCACGGCCAGGAAGAAGGCUGUCAUAGUGUUCUCCAGCGACGAGGAGAGCAGCAGCCAGGAUGAGUGCUCGGCCGAGCUGAGGGAAGAAGAGACCCCCAGAAAGACCACCCCAAUUCGCCGGACGUCCACACGCAGCCAUCGAGCCUGAGGCCGCCACCCUCCAAUCCCCUCUUCCUGCCAUGCAGGAAGACUGAGCGGAGGCAGGGGCCGGGCCGACCCCCUACUCUCUCUCCUUCCCUAUGGUUUGUCUCUGGCCAGCCGCCUAGCUGGCUGGGGGGUGUCCUUUUGCCUGUCUGUCGGUGUUUAUUGUGAAUAAAUCCAUUUUAAUAUACUUUCCUGA